AUGCGUGUCUAUCACCCACCACCUCAACCUGCCCCUACAGACAAUAUUUUCACAUAUCAGGCUGGUGAACCUCCGAACAUGGGUCCGAACCAUCCAAAUAACCAGCUUCCUGGCUUUAGUGCUGCCUUUGGCGGGCUUGAUUCUCGCAUGAUACCCCAGGGUCCUGGCCAGAAUCAAUAUACAUAUCCACCACCUCUCCCUCCUCCAUCAUACCCAACUCCUGCGAGGCAGCACAUUGACCCUUCGUUAAUGGACUACGACAACGAGGAUGACGAGGAUGAAUUCCCACCUGUGUCCACCCUGCUUGAGCAUGCUGCCAAGCCAGCGAAAAAGAUCGCAGGGAGCCGUCGCACGAGCACUGUUAUUACUACUGCCAAAGCUAAAGGCAAGGCACGUGCCAUCGACAAUACUGGACCGCUGGUAAAUCGAAAGCGAAAAACCCUGUCCGCACCUCCCACUGCCUCCGACUCAUCUAAGAAACGUGGCCGUCAACAGGGAGCACCAAAUUAUAACGAAGAUGACAUUGAUGCUCUACUCGAUGCGUGCGAAUCGUGUUUGCCUGUGGGUGCGAAGAGUUGGAAUAUUGUUGAAGCCACCUUUGCACGGUGGGCGAAUGACAAUGACCGUCCAGCUCGCUCGUCCAAGUCUCUCGAACUCAAAUUCAAGCAAUUUGUUCGAACAACGAAGCCAACAGGGGAUGCAGAAUGUCCUCCUUACAUUGACCGAGCACAUUACAUCGACACUUUGAUUAACGAGAAAGCUGGGACUCGUGAUCUUGAUGACGAAGAACUUGCUGAUGAAGUUGUUGAAAUCUCGGAUGACGACGACGACGACGACCCAACAGUGUCAGCCCUUUCGAAGACCAAGCCAACUCAAAUCAAGCACGAGGCCCAAGAGCCUCGUCUUGGGCCUGCUGCUCGCCGUGCGACAUCCCCUGUUAUUUCCCGUCCCCCUCGCACAUCACGAAGUGCAGGGGUUGACCUUCUGGCAACUAUAUCUGCUUCUCUCGACCCUCGCCUUCAGGCCGUCCGAGACGAAGAUCGCUCAGCACGCGCCAUUCAAUCUACACAGGUCAUGUCGCUGACCACUCAGCUCCGUGAUGCACACGCCACCGUCAAUAAACUUCAUGGCCAGCUUGCACAAGUCGAACGUGAACGUGCUAAUGCUGAACGUCGUGCAGACCGUCUCGAGAUGCAGCUUGAAAUGGCCAAGUUCAUGCAGGACUCUCGUAGUGGGCACCAGCAGCAAGAACGUGUUCGUCGUGAGACAAUCUAUAGAGAUGGAGGCCGCUCGACAAUCUGGGUCACACCUGACGAGGCUGGAGAUGACUUUGGCCUUGAUGACCAUGAUGUGGUCUCACGACGUGACAUUGUUGAGGACCAGCGUGUGGGUCGUUACACUCGUGCCAUUGUUCCCCGAGUCCCGAUGACCCCUCGUACAUCUGCUACACCUCGUGCUUCAGCUACCCCUGCCAGUGGCCCAUCCUCUGCACGUCUCGAUGUCUCAUUCACACCAACAUCAAUUACCAUAUCUCCCAGUCAUGGUAGGGAAUCCAAAGGUCCCAAUGAGAUAGAUUAG